GGAAGGGGGAGAGUUAUUUCCCGGAAGAGGCGGGGUCGCGUGGGCGAAGGCGCCGAAUUCGAAGUGCUUGCUAGGAGGGGUUGACCGGUGUUUUGUGAAUAGUGUUUCACAUAACAGCAGAUAAUCACCAAAAUGGGAGUGAAUGACUUGUGGCAAAUUUUGGAGCCUGUUAAGCAACAUGUUCACUUGUAUAAUCUUGGAGGGAAAACCAUUGCAGUUGAUCUGAGUCUCUGGGUGUGUGAGGCACAGACAGUCAAAAAAAUGAUGGGAAUUGUUAUGAAGCCCCACCUCAGGAACUUAUUUUUUCGUAUCUCAUAUUUAACACAAAUGGAUGUAAAACUGGUGUUUGUUAUGGAAGGGGAGCCACCAAAGCUGAAAGCUGAUGUCAUAAGCAAGAGGAAUCAGAUUCGAUAUAGGACUUCUGGAAAAGCAUGGUCUCAGAAAACAGGGAGGUCACAUUUUAAGUCAGUCUUAAGAGAGUGCCUCGAUAUGCUAGAAUGCUUAGGAAUCCCCUGGGUUCAAGCUGCUGGGGAAGCUGAAGCCAUGUGUGCUUACCUGAAUGCUAGUGGUCGUGUUGAUGGCUGCCUCACCAAUGAUGGGGAUGCCUUCCUUUACGGAGCCCAGACUGUUUAUAGGAACUUCACUAUGAAUACAAAGGAUCCACAUGUUGACUGUUACACAAUGUCUUCUGUCAAGGAUAAACUAGGUUUGGAUAGAGACGCUAUGGUUGGACUAGCAAUACUUCUUGGCUGUGAUUAUCUCCCAAAGGGAGUCCCAGGAGUUGGAAAAGAGCAAGCGUUAAAACUUAUACAGAUUUUGAAAGGUCAGAGUUUACUUCAGAGGUUUAAUCAGUGGAAUGAAACAUCUUGCUACUCUAAACCACAGCCACUAAUUGCCCCAAAAUUGGCUCAUUGUUCCGUGUGUUUGCAUCCAGGUUCACCUAAGAAUCACGAACGUAAUGGAUGCAAAUUAUGUAAAAGUGAUAGAUAUUGUGAGCCACAUGAUUAUGAAUCCUGUUGUCCUUGUGAGUGGCACCGUACAGAGCAUGAUAGGCAGCUGAGUGGAGUAGAGAACAAUAUUAAGAAAAAAGCUUCCAGUUGUGAGGGAUUCCCAUUCCAUGAGGUUAUACAAGAAUUCCUUUUGAGCAAGGAUAAAUUAGUGAAGGUAAUCAGGUACCGAAGGCCUGAUUUAUUAUUGUUUCAGAGAUUUACUCAUGAAAAAAUGGAGUGGCCCAGUCACUAUGCAUGUGAGAAAUUGUUAGUGCUUUUGACCCAUUAUGACAUGAUGGAAAGAAAGCUUGGCAGAAGGAACUCUAAGCAACUACAGCCAAUUCGAAUUGUUAAGACUAGAAUCAAAAAUGGAGUUCAUUGCUUUGAAGUAGAAUGGGAAAAGCCUGAACAUUAUGCUAUAGAAGAUAAGCAAGAUGGUAAAUUGGCUCUACUAACAAUCGAAGAAGAAUCAUUGUUUGAAGUAGCCUAUCCCGAGAUUGUUGCUGUUUACCAGAAACAGAAGUUAGAAAUUAAAGAGAAGAAACAAAAAAAUAUAAAAAUCAAGCCUAAAGGAAACAAUUUGCCAGAAUCAGAUGAUGUAAUGAGCUUUCAGUCUCAUAUGACUUUAAAACCCUCGUGUGAAAUCUUCCCUAAGCAGAAUUCCAAGUUAAAUUUAGAAAUUUCUCCUGAUUCAGCAUUACCACAGGAAUCUAUUUCUGCCUUACUGAAUAGCUUGAUUUUACCUGAAGAAAUCCCCUGUUUGAAUACACAAGAACAGUUCAUGUCUUCUCCAAGACCUUUGGCUUUACAGCAAAUUAAAGCUGUCAAUAAGUCUAUAAUUUCAGAAUCUAAUCAACCCAGUACUUUAUCUCAUAACAUGUCUGUGAUUGCUGAUCUACACUUGAGCACCAUUGACUGGGAGAGUACUUCUUUUAGUAAUUCUCCAUCUAUUCAACGAAACAAUUUAUCUCAUGAUUUAAGAUUAGAACUUGAAUCAGAGGUAUCAUCCAUCCCCUUUAGUUUUAAAAAUAUCCCAGAACAAUUGUCACAUGAUUCACAAAGUUGCAUCACAAACAUCAAUAGAGUGUUAGACAAGGAUCUCCAUAAGAUUAGUCCUGAAGAGCAUCUACUUUCUGGCAUUACUGAUUUAUGUCUUCAGGAUUUGCCUUUAAAAGAACGAAUAUAUAUAAAAUCAUCACAUUCUCAGCAUAAUAAGUCAGGUCAACAGUCAGAAGUUGACCUGAAAACUUUGUCCAUAUCUAGAGUAAAAGAAUCUUGUACUGGUAACAGUAGUUCUGACUGUCUGUCACAUCUUUCAAAGGAUUUCUCAGGAACUUACUUGAAAAAUGAAUCCAGAAACUCCAAAGCUCUAAAAAGAGACCAGCUGCUUCAAGAAAACCAUAAAGUCAGUACUUCUGUACCUUAUUUUGUCAAUAACCCAGUUGUAAAGACCUCCAGUGUUGGUGUUGAGCCACCAAAUACUGCUUUAGAGCAUAGUAAAAAAAUUAAUACACAAACCACUCAGAUAAUUGUAAUGAAGAAGAGCGUUUGCCAUGACAGACAUUCCUCUGAUGAAGAAAGUACUCCAGUGUUUGGGAAGGCUAAGAAAACAACUCAAAAACUCAAACAUCAUUCUCAGAAGCAUAAUCCAGCCCAAUUCAAAGAAAGUGACCACAACAAAUUGAAUAGCCCCAAAAUACAUAUUAAGGAGACUGAACACUAUGUAAGGUCUUAUAAAACAGCUGGAAAUGAAGAAAAUUGUUUUCCAGUUGCAGCAAAAAGUUCUCUGAGUUUUCUACAAUGUCAUAAGAAAGAAGAUGACUCUGGUACUUGUUUGGAUAGUCCCCUUCCUUUAUCCCAGAGGUUAAAACUAAGGUUCCAAAGCACUUGGAAUGAAAUUUAA